AUGCACGAUUGGCAGGGUCCUGCUCUUUGGAUUUAUAAUAAUGCGAAAUUUACUAAAGAAGAUUUUCAAUCAUUUUUAAAACUUGGUGUUGGUGGUAAAAAAAAGGAUUAUAGUAAAAUAGGACGAUUUGGUCUUGGAUUCAAUUGUGCAUAUCAUAUUACAGAUUGUCCAAGUUUCGUUAGUGGUGAACAUAUCGCCUUUUUAGAUCCACAUACUAAAUUCCUACCAGCUAUAGGCCAUCCACCAAUACGUCGGCGUGGAAAUAUAUUAAAAUUUCUUGAAAAAAGCUUCGACAUUCAUUUCCAAGAUCAAGUACGACCAUACAAAGGAAUUAAAAAUUGUGAUUUUACAAAUGAAUUUGAUGGAACUUUGUUCAGACUCCCGUUUAGAACACAAGAAUUAGCCAAUAUGAGUGAAAUAUCAAAUAAAGUAGAAAGACCUGAUUCAAUAGUUGAAUUAUUAUCUAAAAUUGAAGGAAGCCGAGAAAUGCUUUUUUUAAAAAACAUUAAAUCUUUUAGUGUGCAUAGAAUUACAGACGAUGAUGACGAUGUUGAUAAUCCAAUUUUAAUCUGGAAAGCAAAUAUACGUCUUCCCAUUGAUUUGGGAUCUAUUCGAAGUACCUUUAACAAUAUUAAUUAUGCAAGACCUUUUGAACUAUGUAUAGAAAUAGAGAGUAAUGUUUAUGAAUGUGAAGAUACUGUGACAAGUUCUGAAAAAUGGUUAAUUUGCAAUGGUGAAGAAUCAGAAACAUUGGAUAGGGAUUUACAAAAUCUUUUGAUUAGUGAAGGUUUGAAACCUAGAGGUGGUGUUGCAAUGCUUUUAGCUCAAGCAGACAAGCCAUUAGAUAAAAUUCAUAAUGGUAUUCAUUUGGAACCACCGAAUCUCAAAGGAGAUAUUUACGUAUAUUUGCCACUUCCAAUUAAGACAAAUUUGAAUGUACACUUAAAUGGUGAAUUUUUAGUGACUAAUGAUCGAAGCAGUAUUCUACAAUUGGAUAAUAAAUCGACACAGUCGGGAGAUACUGAAGGAAUAAUUCUUAAGUGGAAUCAAUAUAUUUUACAAAAAAUAUUGCCUACUUUACAUGUUAAAUUAUUGGAAUAUAUUGCAAAAGAAGAUCAUAAAAGAUUCAAAGAAUUUGAGGAUGAUCCAAAUAAUUUUGAUGCCUAUACUACCACACAUUUUUGGCCUGUUAUUAAUAAUGAUGUUAAUUUUAGAAUUGACACAAUAUACAAACAAUAUGGUUUAAAAGUAUUACGAAAAUUAAUUGCAAAAAAUAGUAAAAUUUUUUGGACAGAAGCAAAUGGUGGCAAAUUUGUCAGCACUGCAGAAGCAUUACUUUUCGACGAUAAAGAAGAUAUUGAUAUACAUCUUUUUACACAAAUAGGAAUUCCAAUUGUUAAAUUGGAAGAGAAAAAGUUGAAAAAUUUUGAACCGAGAUUUGGAAUGAAAUUUGAUCAUCAGCUUUUUGACGCAGAUAUGGUUUGCGAUUCAUUAAAACAUGUGGACAAAGAUCUAUUAAAUCAUCAACAGAUAUUCAAAUUUUUAAAUUUCAUCCUUAUUACGAAGGAAAAAUCAUAUGAAAAAUUAUUGAAAUUACCUUUGGUUCCGUUAUGUAAUGACGAUGUGGGUGACUUUGGAGAGAGUUCAUAUUUUAUCGAUCAAAAUGGAGAAUGUAAAUAUUUAUUCCCAAGCGCGUAUUCCAAUUCAAAAUUCAUUUGUAGUAACUUACCAAGUAAACUCAAAAAGAUUUUUCGUGAAGCGGAAUUCUCAAAAACAUUGAAAAUUAAUGAAGUAGAUGCAAAUGCGAUUUUAGAUCUUAUAGGCUAUGAAUUACCUGGUGUAGAUUUUCACUGGGAUCCGGAAUCUAGUUCCAUACCAAAUCGUAAAUGGCUUGACUGUAUAUGGAAAAAAUUAAUGUUUGCCGAUUAUGAUUAUUCAAAAUUGAAAUUAUAUCCUCUACUCGCAAUGACCCACCCAAGUCAUCAACUUGUCGUACCAAAUCCUACAUGUCCAUUAUUAUUAAUAGAUAAUGAAGAAGAUUUGGUCUUUAAAGUUCUGACGAAAUUAAAAGUUCGUUUUACUGAUAUGAUUUUCCCUAAAAUUGCAAAUCCACAUCUUCAACAGUUCAUUGUUGAAUGGAGCUUUACAAAUGUUCUUAAAGCGAUUGAAAAUAUAGCCGAUAUAUCCCAUUUAGGAAUUAAAGGAUUAUUUGCACAAGCUGAUUUGACUGACAAAGACAUAGAAGUGAUAAGAUCAUUUGUCAAAAAACAUUUUAAUUUAUUUGGAAGAUCAACAAAAAAAGAAAGAGUUAAACCUAUUCUUAACAAAUUGCGAAUUUGGCCUGUACAUUCAUCAACUCGACGUGAUUAUGUUGCAGUUGUAGAUGGUUUAUUAUUACCAAAAACUCUUCAAAAAGUUUCUUUCCAGGUUGACACUAAUUAUUUUUUGACAGAAAGUGACCAUGAAUAUAGCAUUUUAGUUGAAUUGGGUGCCAGUACUGUUGAUUCCUACAUUUUUUUGACACGAGAUUUAUUGCCGUACAUUCCAAACACACCAGAUCAAGAUUAUGUUGAGUUUUUAAUAAAUAUUUUAUUGUUAAAUGACCUAAAUAUUGAAGAUUAUUUCAGAUAUAAACAAUCAAGAAUUCCGAACAAGACAUUAUCCGAAUAUCGUAAAGCAAAUGAAUUGUAUAACGAGAAUGUGCCAUUAUUUAGGUCAAUUUUUAGAGAAUCAAACAGAUUUUUGCCUGAUAGAUUGCAAAAUCAUUCAGAAUGUUUGGAGGCUUUAAGAAGAAUGGAUUUUAGAAAUAGUGUUAAUGGUGAAUCGUUAGUAGAGUGUGCCGAGGAAAUCGUUAGGCAUAUCCAAUCUGGAGACACUCCAUUUAAUGUUGUUAAACAAAAGGCUAAAGAUCUUUUAGAAUAUUUUUAUCGAUACCACAAUACAGAUUUACUGAGAAGGGAUCAACUCGAUCGUUUUUUAAAUAUUAACUUUGUUCCAGUAGCAAGAAACCUAGAUUUCCCAUAUAAAGAAACUGUAAAAAGUGAUAUAUAUUAUGAAUCACUCAAUUCUAUAUGUUUUCAAAGACAUCGUGAUUUAUGUUGGACCCAAGUUUGUCUGAUUGAUCGAAGUAUUGAACCACUGGACUCAUUUUUUAUUGCGGGAUUAGGUUUUCCAAAAUUCCAACAAAUAUUUGACCAUUUGUGCUAUUUAUCAUUAGAAUCACGGAAAGAAACUAUAAGUGAAGACGAACUUCAAGAAACUUUUCAAACAGAUGAGCCUGUAUUUUUAAAUGGCGAGAAUCCCUUUACAGAUAGUUGGAAAAGUGGAAAUCAACUUGUAUUUGAUAUUCCGGGGGACAUUGAUAACAAUUUAUGCAAAGUUAAACCAAAUCUGGAGCCAUACAAAAGAUUGUUAAAGGCUUCUGGUGCAAAAGAAUUGAAAGGGAUUAAUUAUAAAGUAAAAGUUGGUGAAUAUUCUCAACGAGAUAAGUUAUUAAAAAGGUUAGAUGAUGGUUUGGCUGGACAUCCGGCUACUCGUCAUCAUGAUGUGAUAUUUAAAGUUGGAGAUGAAGAAAUGGAAGAAAUUGGUGCAAAUAGAUAUGUUUUAUCUGAAGAAUCAAUCGAAUUCCAAAAGGUUUAUGUUGAAUUGACGGAUAUAAAACCUGAAGGGUUUAAAAUACUUUUAAGAUGGCUGUAUGGGCAAUCAUUAGAUGAAUUGAUCAACGAGCUUGCGAAAAAAAAGACAGAAGUUGAUGAUUAUGAAAGUUAUUACUUGAAAUUAUUACUUGGAAUUUUAAAAUAUUCUGAUAUGUAUGUUAUUGAUGAGUUAAAAGAAAGAUUAGAAGAAAAGAUUUUGAUUAGUCGUUAUAUUGGGCCCGAUAAUGUUAUAGAAGUCAAGGAAUGGGCAGAGGAUAGCAGGGCAAAUCAAUUGGUUGAACGAUGCAAUCAAUAUAUUGAGGACAAUGAAGAGUUGAUAACGAUGCAAAGAAACAAUGAUAUUGGAGAUGCCGGCGGAAAGACGCGACAAGAAAAAGGAGAGGUAUUAUUUGAAAAUACGCGACAAGACAAAGGGGAAGUAUUAUUUUAA